UCUGCACAUCUCUGCAGAGGAUGGAGCGCACGCUGUCUUUGACUCUGCUCGCUCUGUUUGUGGUUUCCACCGCAGCUCAAGACAAUGUCUGUUUCAGGCCGCAGCUGUCCGAUAACAUCGAGAUGGAAGGACUCCAGAGGUACUUUAACCCCGGAGCAGAGUUAGCCCUGUCCUGUAAGCACGGAUACACCCCCAUAUCAGGCCCGCGGACCAUCGUCUGUGCUGCCAGUGGAGAGUGGACCAAAACCAAGUACAAGUGCAUACCCAAACGCUGUCCACAUCCCGGUGAUCUGUCUCAUGGAGACAUGUACUAUGAGGACAACGUGUACCAGAGCACAAUCAACUAUACCUGUUAUGAAGGGUACACUCUGACUGGAGAUACCUCGUCUGUGUGCCUGGCCAAUGGAACGUGGAGCACACCGUUACCACAAUGCACAGCUGUUACCUGCGGUCUGGCUCCAAUCCCACAGAACGGGAUGAUCAUUUAUGACAUGAAGAUCACAGGGAACAUCACUGAGUUUGGCGUGGGAGUUUUGUACAAGUGCCGGCCUCCAUUCGCUCUUUUUGGUGAGGCAAGAGGCGAGUGCACCGCGAGCGGCGACUGGACCGAAACACCUGAGUGUCGAAUGGUGAGCUGCCCUCCACCUGAGAACAUAGACAGAGGCUACAUGUCCAUCAAUGACCAGAGGGACUUUGACUUUAUGGAAAAGGUUAAUUAUGGCUGUCAUGGGGACUACGUUCUCGAUGGAAGUCUGGAGAUUGUUUGUCAGAAGAACGGGAACUGGUCUGAAAAACCAUCGUGCAAAGCUCCCUGCAGUGUUGACAUACAGAGAGCCAGGAUCAUACACAAGGGACAGAGAAUCUGGAUCAAAAGCUUGAGUCCAAAGAGAAUCUUGCAUAGAGAAAUUAUUUCAGUCUUCUGCAUGGACAAGAUUGGGAAGUGUGGUUAUGCAGUGCCGACCCAGUGCAUUGAUGGAAAACUAAAAAUCCCAGACUGCUUUGAGGAGCCAAGACAAAUCGAUUACAGCAUGCGUUCAACUUCACUUCCGUCUGAGAUUAGACAGUGCUGAACCGGCAGAAGAUCUCCUCUCUGGAGGUUAUUGAAAUACUACAAUAUGUAAAAUGUGAUGCGAUUUUCAACCCCCUGAAAUUAAACAAUAUGAUCUCACUGAA